AUGCAGGCGGAGUUUCAAGCGCACUACGCAUGUCACAUGCCAAUGACGGAAGGGAUGCAAGGAUGGGCGAGAACUCUAUGCGGUGCGGACAUCAAUGUUCCGAAGGAUAAGGUUGACAAGGCGCAGGCAUACAUUAUACACGAGCUUCUCGAUGCGGAGACAUCGUUUUGGCCUAACGACGGCCUUGUUGAACGAUCGAUGGCGCACGCGAUGGAGUUUACAGAGAAGGGGGAACUGUCAGGUCUGCAUCUCGUGCUGGAGCUCGACAAGGAGAGGAGCGCGCGCUUUACUCACUCCAUGCAUAAG